AUGAAGACCUCCGGGUGUCUCGAAGUUCAACUCUUCUUCCGCGUCAUCUUUGUCGAAUGGGUUAUCCGGUCGUGGCUCGUAGAAUUCGUCCUGCUCGAGGCGGGAUGCUUGGGCGUGCGGCGGUUUGACAUUGACUACCACGGGCUCAGAUCAGAGCUCUACCACAUGGUUCUCUUCUAUGCCCUCGUCGCUGUGAUCAAGUGUCUAAUAGGCACAGUCAUCUUUAUAAAAGGAUGUGGAUUCCACGACAUCCGGGUUCUGCGCAACAUCGUCUUCGACUGGGUUUACGCCAAGUACGAGGGCAAGCAAGGUAACGAGCAGCCGGCCACGUCCGUCUUUGGGUCCGGAAUCAAGAACACCGCCAAGUCCAACCGUGUUUCCCGUAACUUCAACGAUACGCCCAUCCCUUUCGACACGCAGCGCGGCCAGAACGGGGCAAGCGGUAAUAAGAGAGGUCAAGAUGAUACUUGCGAUAGUGACGAGGACGACGACUUCUCCCGCCUGAUCAAGGUUCGGGCGGUCGCUAACGAAGCAGCAGCCGCAGCCCGUGAGCGGAGGUUCCCCGAGGGAACUGUGAUCAUCGAGGAUAGCGUCGAGGAGGACGGCAAGGUAUACCAGGUCUUCUGGCUUAUCUCUGCGGACCAAGCUAUCCUUUUCGGAGACGAGACCUGCGCCGCCGCACUCAGCAUUGGACUCAAGCAAGUCCGAGAGGGAGCCAGAAAGUACCUUUCCCUGUCCGACGCGGCCCGCCGCUUGUUGGUAGCUACCUUGGGUUUCGAAUGA